UCAUGACGUAGAGAAAACAUUACCAAUCUGAGGCAUUUUCGGCCGGUAAUCGCCGGUUUUUCUCUUUUAGGAAUGGGAAACUUAAACUGUUCUCCUUUCCCACUGCUUCUCUCGUCUCUAGUCUUUCUGUUCUCGUGUUUUUUGGGGCUGUCGCUCGGCACGGAGCUGAGCUUCGUAACCUGCGGAUCAGUCAUUAAACUGCUGAAUGUGAGACACAAUGUGAGGCUCCACUCUCACGACGUGCGCUACGGCUCCGGCAGCGGACAGCAGUCUGUGACGGGGGUUUCUGCAGUGGAGGACAGCAACAGCUACUGGAGCGUCCGAGGAACAAGUGAAGCGUUGUGCCAUCGCGGCACGCCGGUCAGAUGCGGCCAGACGAUCCGCCUCACUCACGUCAACACGGGCCGGAACCUGCACAGCCACUACUUCGCCUCCCCGCUGUCCUCCAACCAGGAGGUCAGCGCCUUCGGGGAGGAAGGGGAGGGCGACCACCUCGACGAGUGGACCGUUCAGUGCGGCGGGUCGGUGUGGAAACGUGAAGAGGCCGUCCACUUCCGCCACAAGGCCACGGAGGCGCUGCUGUCGGUGACGGGGGAGCAGUACGGGCGGCCCAUCCACGGGCAGACGGAAGUGCACGCCAUGCCCAGCCCCAGCCAGCACAGCCAGUGGAAGGCCAUGGAGGGCGUCUUCAUGAAGCCCAGCGAGAGUCCGGCCGGCAGCCGGGAAUACGCUUACCCACACACAGAGUUUUGAGCUUCACCUCUUUGUCUCUUUCCGUCUUUCCCUCCCCGUCUACCUCUGUCUCCGUCUACAGCGGCGUCAGAAGCCUUCCCAAGAUAGAUAUUCUGUCUGAAGCAGUACCCGAGUCCUCGAGGUCUCGCAGCUGCGCCAUGAUUAUCAUGUGUGACCAGCACUGCCAGGUGCCUUAAUGAGUGAAAAGAAGACUCUAAAACUAAUCUUGAUUGUGUUUUUCGACACUUUAUGUCUAAGAAGCGGUGCUCCUCUCAGCUGUUAUUUAUUGUCAACACACAGAACGGUGCAGGAUUUUCAUGUCAGGACAUUCUUGUCACCACCAGCCAACUAUUCGAAAAAGACAUUGUUACCCUUGUGCCUUUAUCCUACUUUAAAAAGCAUCAGUGUUUACAUGGUGGAGCUUUUCAAACUUUUGGAAACAUAAGGCGUCUCUUCUUUUAUAUGUGUAAAAUCAGAUUUUCCCCUUUAAGCCAUUUCAGUGUUACGUGUAUUGAUCGCAGACUAAUCGCCGUUGAGCUGGACGCUGCUUCUUGUCAUCAGUUGAUCAGUUUUCACAGCGCUGGGAGAAAGUACUGCAUUGUCCGUUCAUGCUGACUCUGCAUAUAAAUGUAUUGUCGAGGUUUACAUGAGCAACAAACCUUCAGUGAAU